AAAAUCACCACACCGCGCUCCGGUCACUAGGUGGCAGUAAUGCGAUCUGCUACCUGACAAAAAUGUCAAAGAAGAAGAGUAAAGGCAUUAGCGCCAAAACAUUAAGGCCAAGUAAGAUCUGUGUGUUAUCUUGUUAAGUAGAUGCUCAGUGGUUGAGAAGUAUGCCUCUGUCGACCCAGUCCCAAUCAGGAAAUGAGGACUAUGUUCUGGUGGUCAGUCUGGAUAAUGUACGGAACCUUUCCAACAUCCUGAAAGCCAUAUCCUUCAAAGAUCACGCAAUAUUUAAUGCAACGCAAAACGGACUAAAAGUUACUGUAGAAGAGUCCAAAUGUCUUCAAGCAAACGCCUUCAUUCAGGCGGAGAUAUUUCAAGAAUUCACCUUGAAAGAGGAUGUGGUUGGGUUUCAGGUGAACCUCACGGUGCUGCUGGAUUGCCUUACCAUCUUUGGAGGAAGCACAGUGCCAGGAGUGAGCACGGCUCUGAGAAUGUGCUACAACGGCUAUGGCUAUCCAUUAACCUUGUUUCUGGAGGAGGGAGGAGUGGUAACUGUUUGCAAGAUCAACACCCAGGAGCCUGAGGAGCCUUUAGAUUUUGAUUUCUGCAGCACUAAUGUCACCAACAAGGUGAUCCUUCAAUCGGACAGCCUGAAAGAGGCGUUUUCAGAGCUGGACAUGACCAGUGAGAUCCUGCAGCUAACAAUGUCACCAAGUCAUCCCUAUUUCAGAUUGUCAACAUUUGGAAAUUCAGGAAAUGCCCAUUAUGACUACCCCAAAGACUCAGACAUGAUGGAAUUGUUCCAGUGCACUAAGACACAGACCAACAGGUACAAGAUGUCACUCUUAAAACCCUCCACUAAGGCCCUGGCUCUGUCUUGCAAGGUGUCAGUGAGAACAGAUACUCGAGGUUUCCUCUCAUUACAGUAUCUUGUACGGAAUGAUGAUGGACAGAUUUGUUUUGUUGAAUAUUAUUGCUGUCCCGACGAAGAGGUUGAUGAAGAGUAAAGGAACACUAGGGACCAUAUUUGUUCCUUGUUAAAGUUGUUCACUGUGUGGAUUUUCAGGGUCUUCAAAGGUUCUGUGGUUUGUAAUAUGUUGUUGUAUAUUGAUAUUGUAUAUUUAAUAUGGCUAUAACUUACUGUGUAAUUAUACACGCAGUAUUUUGUAAUUUUAUAUUUUAUGAAUAAAUAAUGAAAAUUAUUCAUUCAAA